GAUGCAGAGAAACGCGUUGAGAAAACUAAAAUAAAAAAAGAAAACAAACACGUUAUAGCUAGUGCAAGGGGUUACAUAUCUGACCAAGACUCCUAUUUCCGUAAUGGAGGCCUCUGGUCUGCCGACGGCGGAAUCCACCGCCUCAAGGAUCAGUCGGCUGCUGCGCCAAUCCCACUUUAUUCCCGAUCGGAGUCCCCUCCAACGGUGGUUUGAGACGCUACUUGAACGUGCUGGAGAGAGGUGGGUGUAUGCAAUUUACUGGGAGUACUCCUCUGCCACUUCCCUUCUCUGUUGGCGUGACGGCUGUUUCCAUGGCGAGGAGGACAACGGCAAAGCCCGCAAAGCGACGUCGUCCGAAGAACAGGACCAGCGCAAUAGCGUUUUCAGAUUAAUCAACUCCUUAAUUUUAGGCACCUCGGCUAUCCCUGAUGACCUCGACCAAGACAUCACUGACACAGAGUGGUUCUUUUUUCUCUCCAUCGCUCACAACUCCGUCAACACCAGCGGCCUGCUGGGCCAAGCUUUCUUUACUUCGAACACAGUUUGGGCCACCGGGCCAGAACUAUUAUCUGAACCGGCCUGCCAACGGGCCCGGCGGUUGCAUGAGUUUGGGUUUCAGACUAUGGUUUGUAUACCGUGGCUAAACGGCGUCGUUGAGCUGGCCUCCACUGACGUGGUUCUACCGAAGUCCAAUCUUGAUUUCAUGAUCAAAGUGCGAGAUUUGAUCAUCUGCAAGGCCCCCGUCCCGGACUUGAUCUCUACGGCAAUCAUACGACCACGGUAA